GUAGCAAAAUGUAAAGAUUAGAGAAAAACACAUAUCACUACUUCUCCUUUUUUUCUAUCACUGAUAAUCAUCAAUAAACUAUAUUACAACCAUAAACACCACUUCCACUCCUAAUCACCUCCUUCAACUCAUUCAUCACCAUCAUCACCAAAAACACCAGACAACCAUCACCAUAUUUUUUUAUAAAAUAAAAAAGAAAGAAUAGAACAAGAAACAAAAAGAAGGAGAAGCAGCAAGAAAGUAAAGACAGAGGCGGAUAUAAGUAAGAAUGUAUAAUAAUCUUGGAUCCCAACCAGGGGUAGUGCCGCCUCCAACAAGCGCACAACCUAAUCCUUUCGGGAGUGCAUUUCAAGUUGCUGGUUCAGGUCUUAUUCGAGGUGGAUUGGGUGCGUAUGGUGGAAAAAUAUUAGGAUCUAGUUCUGAGUAUGUCCAAAGCAACAUAAGUCGGUAUUUCUCUGAUCCCCAAUACUACUUUCAAGUGAAUGACCAUUAUGUUAAGAACAAAUUGAAGGUGGUUUUGUUCCCAUUUCUGCACAGGGGUCAUUGGACUAGAAUCACCGAGCCAGUUGGUGGUAGGCUCUCCUAUAAACCACCAAUCUAUGACAUAAAUGCACCAGACCUUUACAUUCCAUUAAUGGCCUUUGGUACCUACGUCGUACUUGCUGGCCUCUCAUUGGGUCUUCAUGGAAAGUUUAGUCCAGAAGCAUUGAACUUGUUAUUCAUCAAGGGUUUACUUGGUUGGUUUAUGCAAGCUGCACUUCUCAAGGUGACAUUACUUUCACUAGGAAGCGGUGAAGCACCCUUGCUAGACAUCAUAGCAUACGCCGGAUACACUUUCACCGGCAUUUGUUUGGCUGUUCUUGGUAGAAUAAUAUCUGGCUACUCCUACUACUUUUUGAUGCCAUGGACCUGUUUAUGCAUGGGAGUAUUCUUAGUAAAAACAAUGAAACGAGUCCUUUUCGCCGAAGUCAGAAGUUACGACUCGAGCAAACAUCACUAUCUCUUGCUCUUUAUUGCUUUGGUUCAGUUCCCAUUGUUCACUUGGCUAGGCAACAUUACUAUCAAUUGGCUUUUGUAGAGUCAUAGCUUUUAACACCGUACCAAUGCAGUUCAUAGUAAAAUUCUUGAUUGUUGAUGUUGAACAGUUGUAACAUAUGGUAUUUUUUGUUGGUAAGGUUGAGAAUGAAGCUCAUUAGAAAUUCACAA